AUUCGUCUCUGCCAUCAGUUUGAUAUUCUCUCACGUUUUGUUUUGCUCCAGAGUUUGUAUAACAUUCUGACCACGUCUAACUUUCAUUUUGAACAUUUGAGCGGAGAUAAUUAAGAAAAAAAGAAGUACAGUAAAUAAAUAACCAUAGAUCUUUCAGCGUGCUUAUAAAGGAGCUAAUCAGGACGCAACGUAUUACUACGGUUCAAUCAGCAAAAAUUCAUCGUGUUUAUCCUCGAACUCUAAUUGCGAUUUUUACGUCUUCUUCCUCUUCCUCUUCGACGCAUCGUCUCCACCGUCAGGAAACGUGGCAAGCAACACGCAACCAAAAAAGAUGGGAUUCUCUUAGCAUUGAUUGAACCGUUUCCGCGAUUACUAUCAAUUAAGUCGUUCAUUAUUUUCUAAAUAAAUAGAACUUAUUGGACUUCAGGUACUUUCAACCGUUAUUAAACGAACUCAAAGUUACGAAAACUGUUUCCGGAAGUGUGACGGCAGUGUUUUAUAAUUCAUUCACCGCGAUCGUCCAGCCCAGUUAUGCUCUCAAUCAAGUACAGCAAGCAAUUCCUGAGCUACCGUAUACUCAAGUCCAACCGAUUCAAAUACAUCUGACGAUACGGACUCGGACUACGUGGUAGAGGGUGUGCGCAAGGUGGUGUGUGUAUAUUGUACUGCGGGCGACUUGUCGUACCUACGGUGUUCAGGAAAGCAGAGACGAGGGUGCCUCAGCAAGACCUGGAAAGUCUUGUGCUAAAAUCCAAUGGCCGAAUCGCUUUGUACGACGACGCAAGCUUAAUUAAAGAAAUACGUCAGACGGGAACGACGCGACAGAAAACUGACGUCAUCGAAAAUCGCUAGUGAGGCGAAUCUUUCGAAGGCAAGGGGCAUACAAGAACUUUUGGAAAAAAAAGAUCUUUGUAAAACAAAUUGAAUUGGUAAUGACAAUUGACAAUUCCUUCAUCGAGGAUAUUUUUAACAGAAAAGAAGAUAUUGGUAACGACGAAUUAUUUUAUUAACAAAUAAAGUUUUGAGCACAAAAAUUAAGAUUGACAAUCAAGACUAUAAAAUUGUGUCAAGCCGUGAAAGGCUGUGAUAGUUAAUGAUUUCGUUGUUGAAAGGAUUGUCAAAAGGGAAAUUGAAUAUUUGUCAUUAGCGAGACGAAAAAGUUCUGAGGAGACUCCUUUUAAGGAACAGACAGAUUUUAUCUAACGACGGCGCUAAAAAAAAAUAAUGCGCUUAUGUAUGUAUGUCAGCUUGUGAAAGAUCAUUAAAGCAAAGAUAAAGAAAGAGCGGCAAAAUUAAAGUUGAACAAAUAGAAAACGAAAUCACUCGGAAAUUCUUUGAGAGACGCACCGAACGCGACUUUGCACGACCGACCAUACGUGCACAUUCACGUAUACAUUUACACGUACGCAUCAUACAUUACACGUCUGCAUAAAACACGAAUUAAACAGAGUCAUUAAUUAAAGCGACGAUCGAACAAAAUCUGCACGUCUUUAGUGAAAUUGGCGAAUUGGUUGAAGUCGGAGGCAAAAGUAAUGAAAAAAAUGAUCGUUUAUGUUCCGGGCAGAAUGCCAACUCACGUUGGUCCCUACGGCGCCGCUCGUUACCCGGGCACCCUGCUAGGAGCUGUCCCGGGUUUUUACAGCCCGGUUUCCGGCUACUCCACCAGCCCGGUCUCGAGCUACUACGGGAGCCUUCAGCCACCGCUGGACCUUCCGGUUUGGCCGCGGAGGAUGCCGGCCGAGGAGGAACUAGGUGCCUCGCCGGCCGCCGGUUUGACUGGGCUGGGGGUGUCUCCGGGCACCGGCGGUCCUCCGAGUCCGGCGCACAGCGAUUCGGAUGCGUCCAGCUCGAGUUUGGAACUGGGUACUAUCAGGACCGGCGAAAACGCUCAAUUAAAAUGCAGAUGGCAAGAUUGUGGCCGAUGGUUCACGUCCCUGGAGCAACUUGCAGGACAUGUUGGGAGAUUGCACGCGGCGCCUGGUCCGCGGGGUCUGUUUUAUUGUGGAUGGGAAGGAUGCGCAAGAGGCGAGCGUGGGUUUAACGCGAGGUACAAGAUGCUAGUUCACGUACGGACACACACGAAUGAGAAGCCGCAUCAUUGCUUCCAGUGCGACAAGAGUUUCAGCAGAGCAGAGAACCUGAAAAUUCAUGCACGUUCUCACACUGGCGAACGUCCUUACGUCUGUCCUGUCGAGGGUUGCAACAAAGCUUACUCGAAUUCCUCAGAUAGAUUCAAGCAUACUAGAACUCAUUCCGUAGAUAAGCCGUAUUAUUGCAAGGUUCCGGGUUGUCCGAAGAGGUACACCGAUCCAUCGUCUUUAAGAAAGCACGUCAAGACCUAUCGCCACUAUGUGAACAAUAAUGAUAAGGUGCAGGAGAAGAGCUUUGAUGAUAGCAACAUUCAGGAGAAAAGAUUCGAUGCUAAUUCGCCUGACAAGCAGAGCAGCAGUGCGCAUUCCGAGUCGGAUAAGAAGGACUCGAGUAUCGAGAGUAGCAUGUCGGGUUGCAGUCCGAAGACUAGCAACAGCUUUGAAGAACAGAGAAACUUUGUCGAGUGGAAUAACAUGUACAACCUCCAGGAACAACGAAAAGAACAGGAGCAAGUCACCCCACCGAAGCCGUACGAGCAGGAUAUAAAGAUCUAUCCCAGGAUGUACGAUGAAAGUUACAUCAUACCGGACAGGAUUCAAGUGAAUCCCAUGUACUCUGCUGGUAGCACUAUUAUCAAGGAUUGCUCUGUAGCUUCCUCGUCGCCUCAUACGAGUCCGGGUCGAGUGUCCGAUUCGUUGCCGCGUAUUGGGAUGCAGUCGACGCCCAUUAAAACUGAGGAACCCAUGGAGUACAGUGUUACCAAGACUACUACGGUAGAUUAUAGGAACAUCGAGUCGAUCGUCAACAGUACACCUUGCAAGAAGGAGAACACAGUCAAUUGCGAUCCAGUGAGGCAUUCGGUAAUCAAGCGCGCGGAGGAUCUGAAGAUGGAGAUGGAACAGACGCCGCUCAAAGAGGAAUUAAAAGAUACCAACGUCGACUGUUGCUGCCGGCAUAAGUGUUGUGUCCACAGCAAUGACAGCAUCUUGCAGAAGACGAAAAUCCUCUCAGAUCUAAUUCUUAAGACACAAAAUCCGCUCUUUCGACAUCUAUUGGGUUCAGUAGAUUUGCAGUAUGGGCUAGAAAACAUGUGGAGCAAUAUCGUGGAUACCAAUAACACAUGCGGCCAAGACCUCAGAGUAAAAAACGAGAACGUCACCGAGAAGGAGCAAGAUUUGCCACUGGACUUGACGAUCAACAAAUAACGAACAUUUAGCUGUCAACAUACCAAAAAUCUCGUAUUUUGUCAAAUAAAUUUUAUUUUUAUCAAUUGACAAAAUAUGAAUUAAAUGAAAACGUCAAGAAUUUUAGACGCAGUCAAUCAAUAUAAUGAUUGAAAAUUGAACGACAAAGAAUAAUUAAUGUAUCAUUUGAAUGAAAACUUUCGAUCGCAUUGAGAAACCAAAUAUAUUUUAAAACCUUAUAGUACGAGAAAAAUGACGAGAUGGAAACAAUCCAAGAUUGGACAAAAAUUUGCUCAAUCCGUAGUUGUGUAGAAAUAGUUGCACUAAUCGAAUUAGAGGUAUAAUUGGACUUGUAAGUGCAACUCGACAACCUUAUAAUCAAUUUAAUCAAUCACUUGGAGACGAUAUUCCCGCUUUCAAAUUGAUCAUUAAAAUCGAAGAUAACUGAAUAAAAGUUAAACUGGAGACUUAUUAUAAAACUGUAAAUAUUUUUGAAACAUACGAAAGUGCGAAAUAAUUGGCUCUUGCCCGGUAAUUUAUCUAUGAGAGUUUCAAGAGUUAUAGUUUUUAUAAUGUAAGACGCUUAACAAUAAUCAUAUUCCAGUACUCAAUGUAAACAAAACAUAUGUAUCAUAUGUAUAUAGAAAUUUAUAUGUAUGUAUAUGUAUGUGUGGCGAGUCAAUUGAUAAAUAAAGUAAUAUGGAGUAAAGUACCUAGAGAACACUACAUACAUUGGAGCGUCAAAUUUUAACUGACAUCUUUAUAAAUUAUAUCAGAUUGGCUAUGUCAUAUAUUUUAAUCGACAAACGUUACAAUCGGUAAUGUAAAUACUUAUAUAUGCUCCAAAAAUGUCUUAUAAAAAAUAAUAUUUAGACGUCUUUUUAGAAAGUCUUUGAAAUCCUGGGAAAAAUGUUUC